CGGUUGCUGAGCGCUCGGACGGCGCCCGGAGCCCUUUCGCCUGGCAGCCUUCCGCAUGCUUUGGCGGCAUUUCCUCCUCAGGCAAAAAAGUUGGCCGGAGCUUCUUGGCUUGGUUUGGUUAGGGGCUUCUCUUGCCAGAGUGCAACAACCUUACUUGCUGUGCCCUUUUUAAAGUCGCCUUUAGAAACUCCAGGGGGAGAAUGUUGGACUUCCUGUACAAGCUGGGGUCACUUUCUUAGGAAUACCUCUUGGGGUUUUUAGCGAGUGUGCUGGAACCGUCUAAUGCCACAAUUCCGUACUUUGGGGUGACCGCGACUGAGGCUUUCAAGGACUCUUAAUUGGUCUGAAGAACUAUCAAAAACCCUCAUGUGACUUGCCAGCCGGAAUAGGUGGAUAUCGCUAUCCUCUGUGGGAGAAGGAGCUGCCCGUUGACUGAAAUGGCACUUCUGCGCUUUAACAUUGUGAAAAGGUUAUUUUGGAGGAAAAGAGGCAUUUUUGCCUUGAAACUUUUGUUUUUUACUGUUUCUGUUUUGAUCUUCUGUGAAUUUAUAAUUUAUUACAUAGUUAUAAUCCAGUGUCACUGGCCACAGUUGAAAGCUCCAAGGGCUAUUGAACUGACUUCAGAUUCUGUCUUGAAAGCAAUGUUUAUAGCAGAUACUCAUUUACUUGGUGAAAUCAAUGGACACUGGUUGGACAAGCUAAGGAGGGAAUGGCAAAUGGAGAGAGCCUUCCAAACUUCCCUCUGGCUUCUGCAGCCAGAAAUAGUUUUUAUUCUUGGUGAUGUCUUUGAUGAGGGAAAGUGGAGCUCUUCCCAGGCCUGGUCAGAUGAUGUAAGACGCUUUCUGAAAAUGUUUAGACAUCCAGUCCAAACUGAAAUAAUGGUUAUUGUUGGCAACCAUGACAUUGGCUUUCAUUAUGAAAUGACUGCAUUUAAAUUGGAACGCUUUUCUAAAGUUUUCAACUUUGCUUCAGGGAAGAUUGUAACUCGGAAAGGAGUAAAUUUCAUUAUGGUGAACAGCGUUGCUCUAGAGGGCGAUGGCUGCAGCAUCUGCCGAACAGCGGAAGCGAGGCUUGCUCAGCUCUCUCACAAACUCAACUGCUCGUUGCGGGAAGGAAUCCAACACAAAGAAAGGUGCAGUGAUGCAGACAAAAUUCCAGCUUCGGUUCCAAUUCUGUUACAGCAUUAUCCUCUUUAUCGAAGAAGUGACUCAAACUGUACCGGGGAGGAUUCUGCUCCUUUGGAUAAAAAGAAUGACCUCUUUAGAGAGAAGUAUGAUGUGCUUUCCCAGGAAGCCUCCCAAAAGUUGUUAUGGUGGUUUCAGCCUCGCUUGAUUCUCAGUGGUCAUACCCACAGUGCCUGUGAAGUGUUACAUAAUGGGAAGAUCCCAGAAAUCAGUGUUCCAUCAUUCAGUUGGAGGAACAGAAACAAUCCUAGUUUCAUACUGGGCACCUUAACAUCAACCGACUUCUCUCUCGACAAGUGCUUUCUUCCAUAUGAGAAUACAGUUAUUACUCUCUACUGUACAGCAGGAGCUGUGCUUAUGGUCUUCAUCCUAGCUCGCCUUCAGCUUCUAGUUUCUCCUUUUCGUUUUGUUCAGCAUUUAAUCACUAAGUAUAAAGCACUAUGAAGAGUCAGACACUUGUAACCAGUCACUGACACACCAAAGCUAAAGAACAGUCCGUCAGACUACAUUCAUGCCAGCAAGUACGUACUUGAAUUGCUAGCCCAAAGGCAGGUUGUCUUUACAUACAGAAAGUCCUAUACAGUUGAUAUGACUUUUACUACACAGGAUAAAUUAACUGAAUGCUUCAUGCUGUACAAAAAUAUUGUAUUCUACAAUCAAAUGAAUCAUUUUCUUGCUAAAGUUUUUGUAUCAAAUAAGUAUAUUAAAAGUUUGUAACUGUACACUA